UCCGGAAGUGACCUUAGAGCCCCUCAGAAACAUGGCCGCCAAGCGUUCUUCCGGAAGCGGUCAUAGGCAUCUCCGUGACGCAGAGCGAGUUAGAGCGUCCCAUGGGGUUUCCAUGGUGUUGCUCUCAGCCCCCAGUCUCCCCGCUUCCUCUCCCGUCUGAGCGCCGGGAAGGGGAAGGUGGGCGGCGGGUUCCAGCAGCGUCGUAGACGCCGCUUGGGGGAGGGGGUAGGCGAGUAGGUGACGCUCUAGGCGAGCUCGUUCGUGUCUCCAUGGUGCCGAGCGCUCCUGUUCGCCGCUCCCGCGCGUCGGGGCGGGCGUUGCCCCUUUAAUCGGCGGAGGGCGGUGCCGAAGAGGUCCCGCGAGAGCUGCAGGGGGCGGGGGGCGGUGCCGAGGCUGGGGGCCCGAGGCGGAUGGAGCCCGCGAUGGAGCCGGAGACUCUGGAGGCGCGAAUCAACAGAGCCACGAACCCCCUGAACAAGGAGCUGAACUGGGCUAGCAUCAACAGCUUCUGUGAGCAGCUCAACGAGGACUUUGAGGGGCCUCCACUUGCCACCCGGCUGCUGGCCCACAAGAUCCAGUCCCCGCAGGAGUGGGAGGCGAUCCAGGCCCUGACGGUGCUGGAAACAUGCAUGAAGAGCUGUGGCAAGAGGUUCCACGACGAGGUGGGCAAGUUCCGCUUUCUCAACGAGCUCAUCAAGGUCGUGUCUCCUAAGUACCUGGGCUCGCGGACAUCGGAGAAGGUAAAGAACAAAAUCCUGGAGCUGCUCUACAGCUGGACUGUUGGCCUGCCUGAGGAGGUGAAGAUCUCGGAGGCCUACCAGAUGCUAAAGAAACAAGGGAUUGUGAAGUCUGACCCCAAGCUUCCAGAUGACGCCACCUUUCCCCUUCCUCCUCCACGGCCCAAGAAUGUGAUCUUUGAAGAUGAGGAGAAGUCCAAGAUGCUGGCCCGCCUGCUCAAGAGCUCCCACCCCGAGGACCUCCGUGCGGCCAAUAAGCUCAUCAAAGAGAUGGUGCAGGAGGACCAGAAGCGGAUGGAGAAGAUCUCAAAGCGGGUGAAUGCCAUCGAGGAGGUGAACAACAAUGUGAAACUGCUGACGGAGAUGGUGAUGGGCCACAGCCAGGGUGGCGCAGCUUCGGGCAGCAGCGAGGACCUCAUGAAGGAACUGUACCAGCGCUGUGAGCGGAUGCGGCCCACACUCUUCCGACUGGCAAGCGACACAGAGGACAAUGACGAGGCCUUAGCGGAGAUCCUGCAGGCCAAUGACAACCUCACCCAGGUGAUCAACCUGUACAAGCAGCUGGUGCGGGGCGAGGAGGUCAACGGUGAUGCUGCAGCCGGCUCCAUCCCUGGGAGCACCUCAGCCCUGCUGGACCUUUCAGGCCUGGAUCUCCCUCCUGCCGGCACCACCUACCCGGCCACGCCCACCCGCCCUGGCGAGCAGGCGAGCCCUGAGCAGCCCAGCACCUCAGUUUCCCUGCUUGACGACGAGCUCAUGUCUCUGGGCCUCAGCGACCCCACACCCCUUUCAGGCCCGAGCUUGGAUGGUACUGGAUGGAACAGCUUCCAGUCAUCUGAUGCUGCAGAGCCCCCAGCCCCCGCUCCGGCCCAGGCCCCCAUGGACAGCCGGUCCCCAGUGCAGAUGUCCCUGCCAGCCAGCAGUGGUCUGGAUGACCUGGACCUCUUGGGGAAGACACUACUGCAGCAGUCACUGCCCCCGGAGUCCCAGCAAGUGCGGUGGGAGAAGCAGCAGCCAGCCCCCCGGCUCACACUCCGGGACCUGCAGAAUAAGAGCAGCAGCUGCAGCUCCCCCAGCUCCAGUGCCACCAACCUCCACCACACCGUGUCCCCAGAGCCCCCUGGGCCUCUGCAGCAGCCCACGCCGACUGAGCUCUCCCUGGCCAAUGUCACUGUGCCCCUGGAGUCCAUCAAGCCCAGCAGCAUCUUGCCCGUGACCGUGUAUGACCAGCAUGGCUUCCGCGUCCUCUUCCACUUUGCCCGUGACCCGCUGCCUGGGCGCUCCGACGUGCUGGUGGUGGUGGUUUCCAUGCUGAGCACUGCCCCCCAGCCCAUCCGCAACAUCGUUUUCCAGUCAGCUGUCCCCAAGGUCAUGAAAGUGAAGCUACAGCCACCCUCAGGCACAGAGCUGCCGGCGUUUAACCCCAUCGUCCACCCCUCAGCCAUCACGCAGGUCCUGCUCCUUGCCAACCCCCAGAAGGAGAAGGUUCGCCUCCGCUACAAGCUCACCUUUGCCAUGGGCGACCAGACCUACAACGAGAUGGGGGAUGUGGACCAGUUCCCCCCACCCGAAACCUGGGGGAGCCUCUAGAACAGAGGGGCUGGGGAGAGGAGGGGGCAUAGGGACUGGACACUGUCCGGCCUGCGCGGGAGGCUGUGGUGGCCAAAGAUACCCUUUGCUCCCCAUGGCCAUUUACCCGAGGCCUGGUGCUUCUCCUUCACCCCUGUGGCCCUCCUGCCCUGCCUCCUCCCCUGCUGAGCCGAACCAAGGAGGAGGCUGGGCCUGGGCCUGCACUGCUGGGAGUCUCCAUCAGCAGCAGGAGCCUGGAGCAGGGAGGGCCUGCAUGGCCCCUGGAAGAACUUGGGGUCGUGGGAAAGAAGCAUGGCUGUGGGGGAAGGGCCAGGACCUCAGGCCCCGCUCCGACCCCAGCCUGGGCUGGGGUCUUCCCCGCCUGUCUCUUAUGCCUUAUGGGAAGGCCCAGCCAUAACUCGGGGCCGUGCUGGAGCUGGGGACCAGCUCAGGCCGCCUCCAUAGGAACCCAGUGACUGGGGGGGGGUGACACCUGCACCCCUAACUGUUUGCACUCUCUGGUGUGUGGUUUGACUCUCUGCAUUUCUUCCGGAGUGGCCCUGUGGUCAAGUCUCAGGGGGCCAAGCCAGGGGAGCCCCACCUGGCCCCCACUCCUCCUGGGCGUCUGCCUUUGCCAUCAGGCCCCAGAGGGGCUGUGGGGACCCAAGGGUGAUGCCAGAGGUGGGUGGCCCCAGCGGGAGGCUGCGGGGCUCCUGGAGUUCUCAGUGUGUCUCCUUCAUUCAUUGGCCUCCACUGGGGCCUCCUGUGGGCGUCUCACGUCUGUCUAUCCAUCUGUCCAUGGUCCGAAGUGGGGUUGAUGUGUGAGUGAAAGCAGGAGUAUUUAUGAAAAUAAAACAUCCUUUUUCCUGGA